CAGCCAAGCCAACCAACCAUCACGCCACGCCGACGACCCUCGAGGCUCGAGUUUUGACAGCGGACGCCCGCGCCGACGACCCGGCCAGCCACCCGCUCGCCCUCCAUGGCUCUGGCUCCCACGCCGCCGCAGCAGCGGCCGACGAUGCGCCACUCCUCGGCGUUCCUCCUCCCACCGCCCUCCCCGUCCUCCUCGCCCGCGCCCGGUGGCGGCCCCGCCGACGCCGCCACCGUCGCGCUCGUCGUCCUUAACCAGCCGCUGCCCCGCUUCGCGCCCCUCCUCUGGUCCCGCGCGGCGCUGCGGGUGUGCGCGGACGGCGGCGCCAACCGCGUCUUCGACGGCAUGCCGGAGCUGGUCCAAGGCCAGGACGCCGGCGAGGUCCGCGCGAGGUACAAGCCAGAUGUAAUCAAAGGGGAUAUGGACUCAGUAAGACCAGAAGUGAAGGAAUAUUAUUCCAACUUGGGUACCAAAAUAGUUGAUGAGUCACAUGAUCAGGACACCACUGAUUUACACAAAUGUAUAUCUUUUAUAGCUAAGAAUUCAACUGUUGCAGACAAAUCUAACCUCUGCAUCCUUGUCCUUGGUGCGUUAGGAGGAAGGUUUGAUCAUGAGAUGGGAAAUAUCAAUGUACUUCAUAUAUUCCCAAACAUUAAUAUCAUCCUCCUAUCGAAUGAUUGUCUGAUCUUUCUCCUCCCAAGAACACACGCCCAUGAGAUCCACGUUGAACGGUCGAUUGAAGGCCCCCACUGUGGGUUGAUCCCAAUUGGGAUGCCGUCAACUAGCACCACGACCACUGGACUCCGGUGGAAUUUAGACAAUACCAGCAUGAGCUAUGGAGGAUUGAUCAGCACGUCAAACAUCACGGAAGAGGACAAGGUGACGGUCACCUCAGCGUCCGAUCUUAUCUGGACAAUAUCGCUCCAGAACUGAAUCUACAGAGUACCAUUAUCUGUACCAAUACAAGGUUCCUAUUUUGUCUCAUGUGUUCUGCACCACGGAGAUGUACCUGAUUACUACCAGCAGAAAGGACAAUAUAUUCCGUUGCCCUUGAUGUUGCAAACCUGAUAGAGAGUUAUUAUAUGUAAUUUGGCGGUUCUGAUUAACAAGAUAUGGCUUUGUGUUUGCAAAAAGUUCAACUAUGUGUAAUGGGCUAUUGAAGUAUCUGUUGUGCCAA